UUUUGUUCAGCAGGAAAACGACCAGCGAGUGACGUAGAUCUUAUUGAUGAAUGGCGUGCCUUGUUGUAUCGGAGCCAAGUUUUGCUGUGGCCUUUUCCAUGGGACGUAUAUAUUUGUUAUUGCACUGCAUUUCUUAUUUCAUGGACUGGGGAUAGGUUUACUGCUAGUUUUUACCGAGCAUUCAAAUUUCGCCGUAAAAACGUCAAGUUCAGACUCAGAAGCUUGUCGUCGGAACGAGUGGAUGAUCACAAGUUGGAUGAAGAGACAGUAUCAUCAACCGAUACAGAUGCCGAUUUUACCGAAUAUAUGACCGGCAAAAAAUUACCUCCUGGUGGUAUUCCUGGUCUUGAUUUAAGUGAUCCAAAAACACUUGCAGAAUUUGCACGGUCUCCAGGUGGAAGUUACCUCACAUCGUAUGUAACUGACCAAGUUGGGCAAGAAUUUCAGUUGACCCGAGAAUCGUAUGAUAUUAAACCUAAGAAGGCUACAGAUGAUGUACCUAGAACAGUUCCUUGUCCACAUAAGGGUUGUAAUAAAAUGUUCAGAGAUAACUCUGCAAUGAGAAAACAUUUACAUACUCACGGUCCUCGAGUUCAUGUAUGUGCAGAGUGUGGUAAAGCCUUUGUUGAAAGUUCAAAGUUAAAACGACAUCAGUUGGUACACACAGGAGAAAAACCAUUUCAAUGUACGUUUGAAGGAUGUGGGAAGAGGUUUUCACUGGAUUUUAAUUUACGGACACACGUCAGAAUACACACAGGAGAUCGGCCUUAUGUUUGUCCUUUUGAUGGUUGUAAUAAAAAAUUUGCACAGUCAACAAAUCUCAAGUCCCAUAUACUAACACAUGCCAAGGCAAAAAAUCAGCCGACAUACCAGAUACCAGGUGCUCAAGUAACACAAGGUUUAACUUAUGUAACUUUACCUCCAGAAUCACCUGGUUGGGGCUAAUUAAAGGAAUUCAAGAUUUGUAUACAUGUAGAUAAAACUUGAAAGUGACGUCAUGUGUAAUUAUCCAAUUGAUGGACAACUUGUGUACAUAUAGUGUAAAAUAUAUAAAACUACUGCCACAACUGUGAACUUUAAAGGGGUCAAGUGGCGAGACCUUUUGUUGUAAUUAUUAUUAUUAUUAUUGCCAGAAAGAGCUGUAGAAAAGCUUGGACUUGGAAUUGCCGUUAUUCUCAGUGAAUUGUGCUUCGUGUAAACAAAACAGUUUAAUAAAUAUUACAAUAAAAAAAAAAACAUGUUUCAACGUUCAGAUUUUACUGGUGACAUACAGAUCCACAGAAUUACCCAAGCUGAGUUUCUUUUAAAACAAAAGUUAAAAUAAAUUAUGAAUUACAAUUA